UGACGCACGGGGUGCCGGCCUUUUUCCGGCUCCGGUCUAUGCCCGAGCGCGUAGUGGCGACAUGAAGCUGCUCACCCACAACUUGCUGAGCUCGCAUGUGCGGGGGGUGGGGCCCCGCGGCUAUCCCCUGCGGCUCCAGGCCACCGAGGUCCGCAUCAACCCCGUGGAGUUCAACCCCGACUUCGUGGCGCGGAUGAUACCCAAGGUGGAGUGGGCGGCGCUUCUGGAGGCGGCAGAUACCUUGCAUCUGGUCGAGGUCCCCGAAGGGCCGACUGAGGGAUACGAGCGCGAUGAAAAAUUUCUGAGGAAGAUGCACCACGUGCUGCUGGAGGUGGACGUGUUGGAGGGCACCCUCCAAUGCCCAGAGUCCGGACGUCUCUUCCCCAUCAGCCGCGGGAUCCCCAACAUGCUGCUGAACGAUGAGGAAACCGAGACUUAAAUUUCCCAGACACCCCUUUUUCGUUCGGGAACCGUGUGUAUUUUUGUUUUUUUGUAUAUUGUUUGCUGGCUUUGUCGUGUGCAUCUUCAACCGUCCGCCCAGUGACACACCGAACAGAGUGUUCUUGAGCUCGAUAGGAUAUAUUUUUUUUAUCAUUAAAGUUUCAAAACCAAAAGCGGUUUCUCUUUGCAGCAAAUAUACAUUAAAAUAGAGUCUCUGUACAGCCAAAGGCUCUGGGCCUUGGCUUGCCCCAUGUCCCUGCGCCUCCCUGGCCAAACCAAAAAAUAAAUAUAGUGUUAUUGCUCUGCAGGGCAUAGAGGCAGUGCUCUCCCUACCCCCUGAGGAGGCCGGGUAGGAGCUAAUGGGGGCUCUGGCCACCCCAGGGGGUCCAGGGGUUGGAGCCUGCUUGGAGUUAUUGCUUCAAGGGGCGGGGCAAUAAUGCCCAAUGCAAAUGAUGAGGAGAGGAGCGAAGGGGGCAAGGCCUUUGCUUUCCAAGUCCCCCUCUGCUCUGGAGGGGGGGGUCGGAUUAAGCAGCAGCAAAAGCAUCACCCACUGGGAGACUGUAGUCUCCACCCCCUUCCCUCCCUGAGAUCAGGCUUCUGCCCCCCACACCACCCCUGGAGCCCCGUAUGGCUUCCGCAAGGCCCCCUACACUCUGGGGGCACAUUAUGGCUUGCAAGGGGCAGCACUGCCCAGAGGAUGGGCACACACGUUCCCAGCUUGACACCCCCCUGGGGAGGGGAGGAUGUGGGGCCUGCUCCCAGGGGCUGAUGGCAUUGCCCUGGCCCUGCCAGCAGGCUAUGGCACUGCCCAGGCCCCAGCUCUACCCCCUUGGGGCUGAACCCAUGCUGGCAGGUCCUGCCAGCACCCCCGCCUAUGCCCACCCCCCGCCUCAGUCCAUCAUAGCCUCGAGCAUCUCCAAGAACAGCUUGUGCAUGGGCACCUUGCCCUCCAGCUUCACCCCAUAGAAAUGGGCCAGCACCUUGCCCGCUGUCUGGCGAAGGAGUGGUAGUGUGAGCAGCAGCCUGCCUGCCCGCCGCCGCUCGGCACCCCCUCCAGGGCCUGCCCGGCCAGCUUCAUACUCCAGCAGGGCCUCGUGCAGGGCUUCUCGCAGCUGCUCCACAGCCUCAGCGUCCUCAAUGUGCACAGAGUCUGCAGAGAGGGGGAGAACUUGUGACUUGGGCCAUCUCCGGAAAGAGCAGAGCCCCCAUCUGCUUGGGGUGGAGGCUCCUGCCAGGGGUCCGCCCUUUCCCACUCAACUAUAGCUGCCUCUGGUCCUCCCUGCCUUCCCUUCCUCCCCUUCUUUCCCUGUGAACAGAGCCCUAGGGUUAAAAAUCACGCGUACAAUUCUUGGCCCUGCCCUUGGCUUGCUGUGUGACCUUCAGAAGUCAGGGUUCUUCCCUGAGUCCUGUUUUCCUUAUCUGCCAAAUGGGACCCUGUUGCCAUCACAGCACUAAAAGCUGGAGGGCCCUGUGGAGAGACCCAUCAGUGCCCACCCCAGACUCACCUGAGUUGGCAAGGGCUAGGGCCUUCAGCAGGACAUACUCCUCGCGCUCGAGCCGUAGGGCCUGUAGUCGCCGCACCAGCUGCAGCAGGGCGGCCCCCAGCUCCCCUAGGCCGGCUGCCCGUGCCCCUUCUUCAUCCAGGACCAGGUCCUCGGCAAAGGCCAGCUCAUCCUGCAGUGGCAGCGAGCGCUGGGCCACACCCAGCACCAGCACCUCCAUCCACACGCUCUGCAGCACUGACAUCUGGUCAGACAGCGACAGCGACGAGAAGCCUGGAGGACAGGGGAGCAAGCUUCACUGAGCAAGUGUGCAGAGCCAGGCAUGGUCUGGCUGACCCCAGGGUACCCCAGACCACUGGGCCCUUUACCUGGGAUGCUUUUGGCCCAGCUGAUGGUGACCACAAUCUCUCGGUCAAAGAGGUCACAGAGGGUAGCCACCGCUGGGAGGUGUCCAUCGGGGCCUGCUGGGUCGGGCAUGGCAUACAGCUUCUCAGGCUCGACCACCAACAAGUGAGACACCAAUGCAUUCACUGGGGCUGCAGGGACAAUUGGGGACUACUCAGGGGCACUCAAAUUCACCAGGCCCUUUAGGGUUAAGCAUCUUCCCAGAGUUGGUCCCCCUGUGGCCUUCCUCAAUGGCUGCUGACCAGCCAGGCACAGACACUGCCCUCCAGGGAAAGGCUCUAGCUACUUCCAGGGGAAAGCCAGGCUCUGAGUGUUAGGAAACCCUUCCUGUCCCCAGUUCUCCUAUAACUGAUACAGGAACAGCAUUUUCAUAAAUAUUUCUUAGAGAAAUGAGUGCAUGAAUAGAUGGGGGUGAAUGAUGCCACAGAGGCUUCUUGUGUCCCAGCCCCACCCCAGCGCUGCAGCUUCAGGUAUCCACGUGCACUCACCUGAUUUCCGGGGACCUCCAGCUACUGCCAGAGGGCCGGCAGGGAAAGGGCCUGGGAAAGGCAGCGGGUCCACUUCUGGCCGCCGCUUGUACUUUUGUCGUCCACCCCGAACACGGUCCAGACGCACCCCUGGAAUUGUAGGAUAGGACUGUGUCCGUGAGGUUGCCCUGUGGAGCCCUCCCCAACAGGCCUUGUCCAUCUUGUGCGCCCAGCUCCCUCCAGCCUCCCCCAGGCCCCUGCCCAGCGCUCACCCUCCUUGAGCAUGCCCACCCGCAGGCACUUGGUGAAGCGGCAGGCCUGGCAGGCCUUGCGUCUCCGCUUGGUGAUCUCGCACUCGUUGGAGGCCGGACAGCUGUACUCGAUGCUCCCUGCCAGGAAGAGGCAGGGCUCCAGUGGCCGCCACCCAGGGCCUGGAGGGGGCCCAGCCUACAGGAGAGCCCUGACUGGCCAGUCAAGCACAGGUCUGGGGGUGUGGGGAGGAAAGGGAGAGCAGGAGCUCCAUGAGGGGCAGGAAGCCCACUGGGCUGGGGCCUCUGCGUGGGCAAGGGAUGGCUGGGGCCCGGGGAGUCAGCCCGCACCUCUGCCCUCAGGCCAUUCGGCCCUCAUCUGCUAUCAAGGUCCCAGUGACCUCCAUGCUGCUAAAUCCAGUGGUCACGUCUCAGUCCUCAUCUUGGCCUAAAAGGCACAUCUAAUACCGUUGAUCACUUCCAGCUCCUAGAAGCACUUUAACAUGUUCCUUUGCUCCUAGAAUACCACACUCUUCUGGUCUUCCUCCCACCUCACUGGCCACUUUGCGAUCUCUGUGCAUCUCUGACCUCCUUCCACCGGAAACCCCAGGUCUCUGCCCUUGGGCUUCUCCACUCACUCCCUUGAUUGAAAGUCACGAGGGCUUUCAAAUUUCUGUCUCUAGUCCAGACCUGCCCUCAACUCAUCCAACUGCCUCAACAUCAUGUGUGUCUAGAAAGUAUCUCAAACUUACACAUCCAAAGUGGAACUCCUGAUCUGUGCCCCAAAGCCCGCAACUCCAUCUGUUCAGACGCUCAAGCCAAAAACCGAGGCGGCAUCCUCCGUGCCUCUCACAGCCCACAGCCAAACUGCCCACAAGUCCUGGUGGGCCUCACCACCCUUAUACCCAGGAUCUGACCCCUCCUGCCUGUCCACUGCUUCCACCCUGUCCUGAAGCACUGUCCCCUUGCCAUCUUGCAGGCUGUGCCUCCUUCGGCCUACUCUCAGCACAGCGGCCGGGGUAGGGGGGACCUACAACCCCAAGUCAGAUCCUGUCUCUUAUCUGCACUUUUCAACAUCGUCCCUUCUUGGAGUAAAAGCCAAAGUGAACCCAAUGGCCUGCAAGGCCUACCCCCCUCUCCCUGUCACCUUUCUGACCUCACCUCCCUGUCUGCACCUGUUCCGGAUCAACCGGCUUCCUGGGUGCUCCUCACACAGGCCCUGCCUCAGGGCAUCCUGUCACCUCUAACUGAGCGGCUCUUGAUAGCCACACAGGCUCCUUGCGUCCUUCAGGUCUCUGCUCAGUUGUCCCCUCGGGAGGCCUUCCCUGGCCAUCCUGCAAUGGCAAACCCCCACUGCAGACACCUCUUGUCCUCUUUACCCACUGUUAUAGUUUCUUUUCAGCUCAUAGGACCAACCAAUAUGCUACAUAUUGUGCUUAUUCAUGUUCUUUAUUAUCUGUCUUCCCACUUUAGUGUCAGCUCCAUGAGGGCCAAGAUGGUCCCCAGUCCCCCGUGGUAUGAACAGGGCCUGGCCCCACAGUUGUCAUUGUUGUAAACUGCCAUCGAGUUGGCCCCCUGACUCAGCAAACCCAUGCUUAACAGAACCAAAUGUUGCCCAGUUCUGUGCCAUCCCUGUGAUCGGUUGCAGACCAGGCCAUUGAGAUCCAUAGGGUUUUCACUGGCUGAUUUUUUGGAAGUAGAUCACCAAACCUUUUUUCCUAGUCUUAGUCUGGAAGCACCGCUCAAACUUGUUCAACAUCAUAGCAACAUGCAAACCUCCACUGACAGAUGGGUGAUGGCUGCAUGUGAGGUUCACAGGCUGGGAAUUGAAUCCAGGUCUCCUGCAUAGAAGGCGAGAAUUCUACCACUGAACCACCAGUGUCCCCUGGCCCACUGUAGGCAUUCACAAUUACUGGUGGCCCUUGCAGCUAUGAUGGGCUAUCACAGGGACCAAAACGAUACAGCAGUCCACAGGUCGGUGGCACAUUUCUCCCCACAGUGCAUUUUCUCCUAUACCCUAUUAGGGCUUCCAUGCUCUGAUCAAGACACCUCCUCGAGGAAGCUCUCCAAGGCCCUGGACCCAGCCAGGUCCCUCCGUACACAACCUGUACGUCUUCCUCCAGCACUCGCCUCAGCUGUAAUAGAGCAAUCUGUACAGCCCAUUGUUCCCUAUCUCUCCUCUCUGCUAGACUAUAAACUGCUCAAGAGCAGAGCCCGUCCGGCCUUGGUCCCAGCUCUGUCUCCAUGCUGGGACAGUGGCCAGGGCAGCAAAGCACAGGUUUGUGAAGGAGGGCUCUAGAGGCUGCUUGGGGCCCAUUCUGAUACUACCACUUACCACCUGUGUGACCUUGGGCAGGUUCCAUCCCUAACCCACAAUUUUCCCAUCUUAUUACAAAGCUGGGUUGUGAGAAUUAAGGGGGAUAAUACAGGUAGAACGUGCACAUGGGGCACUGCACCAAAGUGCUCAAUAAAUGGUAGCUACUAUUUAUAGCUGGGGUUCAGUAAGUAUUUGUCAACUGAGUGAGCAAAGAGCAAAGAGUCCCAGGGUGGGUAGGAAACACCUAGACCUGGUCUGUUUGCUCCUUGGUAUUCAGAGCCAGGAGGGAGCACAGAGGGUUUUAGACCAGUGGAUCUGGGCCAGGUCAAAACUCGCUGGAAUGUCACAAUCAGUUGUGAGGCGUCUGUCCGAAGUUCAGUUAUUAGUAAUAAACAGGCAGGAGUCUGCUGAAGACCUCAGCUCUGGACCUAAAUCAACCCAAGUUCAAAUCCUGGUUCCACCAUUCUCUACCUGUAUGACUUGAACAAAGUCCCCUCCUCCCCCCACCAAAAAAAAAAAAAGAAACUUUCUGAGCCUCAGUUUCCCCAUCCUGUAAAA